AUGACUAUGAAUAAACUCAUGGUGUCACUAUUGACUGACAACAAGCUCUUUGUAGCUAAUAUUGUCAAAUGGAAAGAUAACAUCAAUAUUGCUCUCAUCGGUGAAAAUGCCAUGUUUGUGUUAACUGAUGAAGCUCCUGAACAACAAGGUGAGAAUGCGACCAAGGAAAUUAAGGAAAAGCUCGAGCAUUGGAAAAAUGCUAACAAGAAAGCUCGGUACUUUAUGUCGUCUAGCAUGGUCGACACCUUGAAGACAAGGUUUGCCAAUACUCUCAUGGCUGCAGAAAUCAUGAACCAGUUAACUGGACUGUUCAGGAUUACGUCAGAUCAUGCUCGUUUUGAGGCGACGAAGAAUUUUAUAAAUGCACAGAUGAAGCCUCAUCGAAACGUGCAUGAUCACCUGCUCCAGAUGGCAAGUUACUUCUAG